GUGCUGGGUGAGCGGGUUGUAGUGUUACAAUAUGUAUUUACUGGAGCACUGACCUGUGCCUAUUUAGCAAUGUAAAUAUGCUUUUUAAGGUGACGUCGAAUUAGCUAUUAAUAUUUCCCCGAGUAAUGAUUUCGCAUUGCGCGUAAUGCGUUUUAAAUAAAAAAAAAAAAGAGAGAGGCAAAAAAAAGGCUCAAAGUUUAUGUGAAAACACGCCCACUACUUUGGGAUGAAUCAAGGUCAUUCACAAAUUCACCAUCAGCUGUGCGCAAUUGUCUGCGCCAGCCAAUGGGCGAAGAGUUACGGUGAUCUGCAACACCCGCAGCUGUGAUUAGGAAAACCUGUGGAGCAGAGGCAGGAGAGGGACAUUUGAGCUUGAAGGUGAGGUAAGUGGCGUGUCAAAAGGUUGGAAUUCAUGGAGUAGGCCGUAGGCAUAUUGGUGGUUAUGUUGCACCAAAACGGCAACUUCUCAGGCCCACAUUUUUGCAGAAUUUCCCCACAAACGGACUUUUGUCGGACUGCUGCUGUUUUUCUUCUUCUGGACAACUUCUCCCUCGCUCAUCCCUCUUUGGUUGGUGCGUAAACUUGGAAACGGAUGAGCUUUUUUUAAACUUUUAAUUCUGGACGCUCUCUUGUCAAGAGGCUCUCACACCGCUUGGAAGAUGUCUGAAAGAUCGCAGAGUCCAGAGUGCCAAAGCCGGCCCUAUGACUUCAGCCGGACCAACCCUUGCACCCAGAUUUUGGGUCAGGAUAUCUUGGGCAGCGCUGCGUCAUUUCAGCUUCCUCACGGCGUCCUUCCAGACCCGAGCUUCCUCUACAAUAAAACCGCGUACAGUGGCAUCACAUCGGCUUCUGCACAGACCUUUUUCCCCUUUCCACCCGUCGCCGGUGACUAUAGGGGAUCCGACCUGCAGGCUGGAGAGUUUGGGCAACCCAAGCACUGGUAUCCCUUUGCUGCACCCGAGUACACCGGCCAAGUACCCGGCGUAACAGCAGCUACCCAGCCUAUAAACCUGAGUCCCCCAAUAGCCGAGACCAGGGAGCAAAUCAAACUGCCCGAAAUAAAGACUGAGAAGGACACCGGUGAUGACUACUCAACGGAAAUAAAAGUUCAGCAGUAUCCAACACCUCCAACCUCCGCCGCCAUGCCCCAUGGAGUCUUCUACUCUACGGCCUGGAACCCGUCCUUCUGGCCCGGAAUCACCCACAUCACACCACCGGGCAGUAAUAACCAAAACCCCUCAACAUCAUCUGCAUCUUCACCAUCUAUGUCCCCUUCGCCCCCAAGCAACGGGCUUCCAGGGAACGCGUUUUUCAGCGUGAACACAACUCAGGCUGUCACCGGGCCGCAGACUCAGAACCCGGCCUCCUCCACGCGGAGCAGCGGGUCCUCCAGCGGCGGGUGCAGCGACUCUGAGGAGGAGAAUCUUUCCACGGAAGAACUGGAGCAGUUCGCUAAGGAGCUGAAACACAAACGCAUUACCUUAGGUUUCACUCAAGCUGAUGUUGGCCUUGCCCUAGGUAACCUUUAUGGUAAGAUGUUCAGCCAGACGACUAUUUGCCGUUUCGAGGCUCUGCAGUUGAGCUUCAAGAACAUGUGCAAGCUGAAGCCCCUUCUUCAGAGAUGGCUGAAUGAGGCAGAAACCUCGGAAAAUCCCCAGGAUAUGUACAAGAUCGAGCGGGUAUUUGUUGACACCAGAAAAAGAAAGAGGAGGACCAGUCUGGAGGGGGCAGUGCGCUCUGCUCUGGAAUCUUACUUCAUUAAGUGUCCCAAGCCCAACACCCAGGAGAUCACACACAUCUCAGAUGACCUGGGUUUGGAGAGAGAUGUGGUACGCGUCUGGUUCUGCAACAGAAGACAGAAAGGAAAGCGCCUGGCCUUGCCACUAGAUGAGGAGUGCGAUGGUCAGUACUACGAGCAGAGUCCUUCCCCACUGAACAUGGUCCCUUCCCCCAUUCCCAGUCAGGGCUACCCUACUUCCAGCUACCCCGGUGCCCCUCCUCCCACACUCUAUAUGCCCCAGCUUCAUCGGCCUGACGUCCUGAAACAAGCCCUACACCCCGGACUGGUUAGUCACCUAACUGGAUAAGCACACUCAGGUAGUCCCCAGCCAAAACCACAGAUUGCCUUCCCAGAGCCUCUCUGUCCAACCCCAACUCAAGCUGAAGACGAGCCUCUAAAUCCAAUAACGAGAUGGACCGAUCAUAUCGGUGGAUAGAAACAUUCAAAAGUGUGGAAGCUCUUCUACUGAGUGCAGCAGUGGAAGGUGGAUAAAAGUGGUUUCUUUUCCCCGUUUAGAUGAUGAAACUGCCAAGGGCCACAUCCUCUUACCAUGAAAUGCAUCUCAACAUAUGCUUUGACUUAAGACUAAAACGGGAACAAUUUAAACCAAAUUUUUCUGAAUGUGCCUUGUGUUUUUGGAUAGUGCAUAGUAAGUUAUUCCAUAGGUUUUAAUCAUUAUAGGUUUAAUCAUUGCAGGUUAAGAACAAUGCCAAAGUGGUACUUCAGUAUAUGGUCCUGUUGUGGAGUAAGUGAAUGUGAACAGGGUUAAAGAACCAGGGUUUUCCUUCCACUUGUACUAAAUUGUGGGUAGGUUCUCUGUGGUGCAGAUAAGGAAAGAUCUAGGUUAUCUAAGGAAUUUCAGUGUGACCCUCUUUGAACAGAAUUUACCGUCAACAAGUUUGGUCAAUGUUUGUGCAAUACUUUUUGUGUCCCAUCUGAAUAGAGCAUCUACAGUAUUAGUCUGAACUGUCAAUGAAAUGGAAACUGCACCCUCAUGUUCUUGGCGCAUUUCUCAGAUUUUUGAACAAAGUUGCUUUUGUAAUGUUGAAUAUUAUAUCUUUUUUUUUUUAUGUCCCAUUUGUAUACUGAACCCAGAUUUAAAGUUGUUGAUUGUCAUCGACAUCUUUACAAAAUAUUUUUACCGCCGAUGGGUUAGUAAUAUUUUGAGGGAGUGUGACUUAUGAUUUGUUACUCCAAAGUGUCUUAGCUGCUAAUUCUGCCAAUUGCACACAGUCAGUAUUUUUCUCAGGUGGUAGCGAGAUUAAGUCUAACCUGACUGAUCAAUUUAAGUGUCAAGUUGAAGCUACAACAGUCAAAUUGUAUUUCAAUACCUCCAUUUUGUUUUUAUUGUAAAGGGUUUUUAUGUUUAUGAAUUGUUGAAUAACAGUCAAUACUAAAAAUCAAGUUUGGGUGCU